UUUUCAGAUUUUUUACCGUGGGUAACACAAGCAAAUCAAGAGUUUUGACAGCUGUCAUUCAAAUCUGACCCAAGAAAUUUUUCGAUUUGCCCUUCAUUUUUCUCUCUCGUGCAAAUCCCAUAUUGUACCGAUCCAAGCCAUGGCCGAUACUCAGGGCAACGACAAUUCUACUUGCGUAGUGUGUUUCAAGAACGUUUUGUAUUACUCGAUCGGAGAGUGUGAUCACCCCGUAUGUUUCGAGUGUUCAACCCGAAUGCGUGUCCUCUGCCUGCAAAAUGAGUGUCCUAUAUGUCGACAGGAUCUAGCAAGGGUUAUAUUCACUGAAACCGUUUUGCCUUACAAGGAACUUCGAAAUAAGGUGUUCAAUGAUAGGCUCUUCGAGCGACAGUUCAAAAUAGGGUUUUGUACUCAAGAGAUAAAGAAUGCCUACGACAAACUGCUGGAGAACCACUGCAAGUUGUGUGACAAAAUACCACCAUUUCGGACAUUUGCUAUGCUCAGUGAACACAUGAGAAAAGUCCACGAGAGAUUUUUCUGUGACCUCUGUGUUAAACAUCUUAAGAUAUUCACAAGUGAACGGAAAUGCUAUACUCGACAAGAGUUAGGUCAUCAUCGGCGGAAAGGCGAUUUGGACGACACAUCUCACAGAGGCCAUCCGCUCUGCGAGUUCUGCGAGGAGCGUUUCAUGGACGCGGACGAAUUAUACCGUCACCUGCGCAAAGAGCAUCUGUAUUGCCAUCUAUGCGACGCUGACGGCCGCAACUUUUACUACGCCACGCACGGUGCGCUCGCGCAACACUUCCGUAACGACCAUUAUCUGUGCGAGGAGGGGGAAUGCGCUGACCAACAUCUUACGUCCGUGUUUCGAAGUGAAAUCGACCUUAAAGCCCACAAGGCGACGGUGCACGGGCGAGGCAUGAACCGGGGCGCGGCGAGGCAAGCGAGGACGCUGGAGUUACAGUUCAACAUCACUCCGCAUCCCGUCGCCCAUCGCGCGCCACGUAACAACGAACAAAGACAAGAACCGCCUUCGCCGACGCCCGCAGUGUCGUCGCCUCACAUCGACCCGCACAGCGACGCUCAGUUCCCGCGGCUGUCCGCCGCUCAGCCCGCGCCCAGUCUGAUGCUCGGCGGCCCUGUCAAACACUACAAAGCGGCGGACGCUCUGACCCGCAACGAGCGCAACUUCCCGGCGCUGGGCCCCGAGGCGGCGGGGAGCUCCGCGCGGCCGCCGCGAGCCGCCUCGCAGCCCGUCGCCGCCGCCGUCCUCAGGAACUCCAAACCCAGCGUAUCGAUUCAGCUACACAGUCAACCGGCCAGUGCGAGCAACUUUCGUUUGACGCAGACGAGUGGCAAUCGGAUCUCUAUACCGCAGCAUCAGAAGAAAACACCACUGUCUGAUGAUGACUUCCCGUCGUUGGGCAGGGACGAUCAUCCUAGCAUCGGCGCAGGGACUGUUCAGCCUCCGAAGGUCGCGAUGAUAAACAGCCAAGAAAUGAACGCGAUCAAGAAAAAUCAGCACAGCUCUCAAUCCAAGAAGCCGCAGCUCAGCGGCGAGGCCUUCCCCGCGCUGUCCGGCAGCGGAGCCCCCGCCGCGCCGCCGCAGUGGAUCACGGUCACCAAGCCCUCCAAACCUGCCAAGACUAAAGACAAACCUGCCCCUGAACCACCCAGGGCACCCACAUUCAACCCUGUCGCAGACUUCCCUACCUUACCGGUCAACUCCAAAACUAUCAACAAUACCAAACCCAAAAAAGCCCCUGCGAAUCCUGCCCCUACAAUACAGAGUGACCCCAAAACGAGCAAGAAGGAUAAGAAGAAACAGAACAAUGCAAAGAAGGAAAAUGUGAAUGAGUUCGCGCAUGUUAAUGGAGCUAUUGAUAAGAAGAUAGCCAGAGAAAUGUCCUAUGUAGGCAUCAGUGUCAAUAACAAUUCUACAAUUGAGCCUCAGAAGAAGGUUAAGACUAUAGAGACUACUGUGAGCGAGGGGAAUAGGAAUGGACAUGGAGACUUCUCACUGGCCGCGAGGGACUAUCCGCCGCUGAGUGCUCGAGUGACUAGCAAGGAGCCAGAGUGGCCGUGCAAGAAGGAAAAGGUCUCGAACGGCAACGUCCCCCCCGGUUUCAAGGCGCGGCCGGCCUGCGACGGGCUGAUGUUCACCAACUCGUCCGGGCAGACAUUCUCUGCUCCCGUGCACGCCUACAUACCGCCGCUGGACUUCGAGCAGAGAAAUAGAGCACUAGUGAAGAAGUUCGCUGUGGCUUUAGGCGGCGCCGCGGCCGUCGAGGACUUCAAAGUGGCCUCGCGAGCUUACCGCGACAGCAUCAUCAACGCAGACGAAUUCUAUCAACACUGCAAGACGGCUCUCGGACCACAACUGGACUCUGUGUUCCCCGAGUUAGUGGCUCUCUUGCCGGACAUUGCCAAACAGCAAGAGUUAGUGGUGGGCCGCGACAUGGGCUCGAAGUUGGAUACUUGCGCCACCUGUGGUCAGUUGUUAGUGCCUAGUGACAAGAUCGCCCACGAUUCCGCUCAUUGGCCACCACUCGCUUCACGCUAGUAAGUCUAGUCACGUGAUACCGCCGUCAUGUUACGCAUUUCAAUACAAAUUAAAGGACUUGCUCAAAAUCAAUCAAACCGAUGUGUUAUCGAAUCAUUGACUUUCAAACAUCUGUGAAAUUUCACGCAUAUGUAACAUGAAUAGAUUAAUUCUUGUUGUAUGAUUAAUUUAUGCUGUAGGACGUCUUGUAUUUGACAACAAUUUGGUAUUUAAUGUUAUGAUUAAUUAAUAUUCAUUGAUCAUCAUUUAUUAUUUUUAUAAUUUUUCACUUAUUUUACUUCCUACACUUUCUAUGCCUGUUGUAUAAUUAUUAUUUUGCUAUUGGUUAUUACGAAAUAUACAGGUGCUUGUAAAUUAUUUCUCUUUUUUCGUUUGUCAUUUUUUCAAAUGUCCUUUGAUCAGCUUAAAAAAUCAUUGUAAAUAGCGUAGUAAUUGUAUCAUGUUAGAAUUUUGUAUCUGACACAUUCUAGUACAGUAUCGCAACUAAGUUGAAAGUGAUUUGUAAUACCUGAUAUUGCUAAAUGUUACACGAUGUGUAAAAUAUAUUGUUUCAAAUUUAAAAUGCUAUUAUAUUUUUGUACUUUUCACUGGUAAUUAGUGAAUGUAAAAUAUUUAUGUUGAAUACAUGUUAUUUGGUUUCA